UUUUUUUUUUAGAUGAUGUUCCUCUUCCCCAGUUCCGGAUCUAAGAUUCCAUGGCCAUCAUCAAAACACAGCAACACUGUAUACUAUAUACAUCUGAGCAUAUCCUUCUAUUCAUUUAAUAAUCCUCUGCAUUGGCCACAUCCACGUAAGGGCAUCGAGAUGAUCAUCGUCUACUAUACCUAAUCAAACAAUCAAAACGCCCCACAAGAAAAGCGAAAAUGAAUUUAAAAAAAAAAAAACAAAAAACAAAAAACAAUGGGAAACCAAACGGAAGGCGGUGGCAAUAACGGUCGUCUCUAUGAUUCAUCGAUAAUUUCCUACAGAGAACUCCGUCUAAUAAAUCAUCGUAACUACGUAAGAUAAUAAAGACGUGCCUCUCUUUACAGUAUACAAAUCAUUCUUUCGAUGGCCCUUUUCGUCUGAUCAGAAACUAAACAUUACUCGAUCACGCCGAUGUAUCUUACGAGGACACACACACACACACACCAAGUUUAGAUCUAUGUAGGAGCACGCCAGCAAACGAAGAAGAGGAAGGGAACCAUAUCAUCACGUUGCCUGAUUUUCUCUCCGUGCGCCGCCGCUGUUCGUUACUGCGCUUUUGACGACACCACGUCGCUCUAAACGAAAGCCGACGAGCGUGCGUGUGUUGUGCAACCAGCAGGCAGCCGCGCAUACAGCUUCCUACUCUCUUCCCUCUCUCUGUCUGUAUAUAUUGUAUGGGCUGUUCCACAGCACAGUGACGUUAUAGAGGAGAAAAGGAAGAGAGAAAAAAUAGAAAAAGGAACGAAAAAAAAAAAGGGGAAGAAGAAGAAGAAAAAGAAAAAAUGGGGAGAGAGAGAGAGCGCCACUAGUCGCCUACUCGAAUACUCAGUCGGCAGCUCGCGCUAUGGCCGGUCACUGUUUGGGUUGAGUCCCUGCCCGUCUCUUUUUUUUUCCUUUUUUUUUUUUUCCGUCCUCCACUCCGUAUGUGUAUGUGUGUGUAUAUGUACUAUUCGGUGCUGUGUACAUUACGAUCUGUAUAGUUAAAAAAAAAGGUUACUCUUCCUCCAGAGUUUAGUUGCCAAGUGAAAAUUCGUAGCCCUGCGGUUGAACUUUUUUUGAAAACACAUUCAGUUUUUGAAUAGGAUAGUGGAGUGCGGGCGGGCGGAAUGAACAACCCACCACAAACACGACGACCACCACCAUCGUCCGGCGAGGACGCCGACGAUCGAUUCUGCAUCUGAAGUGUGCGUGUGUGUACGGCACGGGUACUAGAGUGUGUGUGUGUGUGUGUGCUGCUAGAAACAGUGGGAGAGAGAGUGUGUGUGUGUGUUUUUUCGGUUUUAUUUGGCGUCCGUCUCUCUAUAAGGUUUUAUUCCUUUGAAUAAUUUCCUUUACAGUGUGUGUGUGUGUGUUGAAAGCGGACUAAGAUAAAAAUCGAAUGUUGAGCAAACAUAGAAAAGGAAUUCAAUGAGAAGAAGAAGAAAAAAAGAUUUUUUGUUGGAAAUAAUAAAAAAAAAGGACAACAAACAAAAAACAUGAAUUACAACUUUUGCUGGCCUGGCAUUUAUUGAAACUCUCUCGUCCAACUGGCCAGAGCGUGUGUGUGUCAGUGCGCGACAACAUGGCCGUCUGAUUUUUAUCGUCCGUGCCAUUUUCUUCUUCUGUGUUGUGUUUUCUAUUUUUCUUUCUACUCGGCUGCCAAGAAAGAAGAAAAAAAAAAAGUCUCUGCCUAUUGAAAAUCAAUUUUCAUUGAUUGAAUUUCAAGUACGGCACACGUCGGAGUUUAUUUUUCCAACCCGCAUCCUAUAGCCAUUGUCAUAUAGCUACCGGAAAAAAAAAAUAUAUAUUUUUUUUUUCGUAUUUAUUCCCGAUCGUUAUCACGACAUCUACACCACCAGAAAACCUCACGAUUUUCAUGUACCAGUUCUACUGUACUACGCCCUACGUAACGAGGAUCCAAAGAGGAAACGCAACUGGGAACGAAAAACAUCCGCAAUUCUACCGAGCACCAAAAUCUGCCAAUUGAAUUAAGAAAAAAGAACAGGUGCAGCACAGUGUGUCUAACAAAGACGAAGGCAAAACAAGUUUUCUUCAAGUGCUGUGUGCAAUAAAAAAACAAACAAAAUCAGUGAAAAAAAAGAAGAAAAGAGUGGCCGAUAAGGGCAGUAGUGCAACAUCAGUAGGAAAGCUGGCCACCAUCAUCAUGAAACACAAGAAGGAGAAGGGCAAAGAAAAGAGCAAGAAGAAAGUGGGCGGUAGCCGGGCGUCUUCCAUUUUGACGACAAUGCAACGGCAUUCGCAUCAUCAUCAACAUCAGCAACAUUCGAGCUGUGCCUCUUCGGCCGCUCUGCUCGAUCAGGCCGCCCUUCAAUCGGCCUAUCGAUGGGAGAAACUUUCGCCCGCCGAAUUCGAACAGCUUCAGGAUCUUGCCGCUUAUUCAUCAAAGAAAUUGAGCGAUGUCCUGGUCGAAUUCUCCGGCACUGGACCUCUGUCCAAAUUCCAGCCAGAUGGGGACAUCGACUACGAAGGCUUCAAGCUGUUCAUGGACACUUACCUGGAGAUGGAAAUGCAAGAAGAAUUGUGCAAAAGACUAUUCUUGUCUUUUGUCAAACGGACGCCCACCAAGACCGUGUCCAACGUUGAAGGCAAAGUCAUCAAGGACAUGGCCAUGUUAAGCUCUGCGACAGCCUGCGCUCCUAUUACAGCUCACAACGCAUCCGGCUCUGUCAAUAAUUUGGCGGCCUUUGGCGAAUCUGGCUCAACAACCAGUCCAGCUGGAGCUGCAGCCUGUCCAGCCAGCUGUUCGACUAGCGCUUCCGGCGGAGUUUUGCAUACUAUCACCACUAGCCUGUCGGAGCAAAGCCGACCUCUUCAAGGAUUGGCUGAACGCUUUCACGGCCUCACCGAACGGCUGGGCAGCCUUAGCGGCCUCGGUAGCGCUGGACGUAGCACAGAAUCAGAUGCACCUAACCGAACACGGACUGGAAGUAUCGGCGCUUCGGUUCAUCCUACUGUCAUGGUCACGCAGCCUGGAACGAUGACUGUUGCUGGAGCGGGUGCUGGAGCCUCCUGUUCCAGUUCGGCAACAGCAUCGGCAGGUGCAACAUGGGAACGUGCUAGUAACCAAUCAUCAUCGCCCAGCCACAGUCAAAUGUCUCGCAAUUCAUCGCGAAAGUCCAAUAAUUCGAUUCUCGUUUCCAACGGCAAACUAGAAUUGGAAGUCCGGCAGUUGGUGCGGAAGACGAGCAUGCUGGACAUCAACACACUCAGGGUUUCGCUCAAGAACGUCAUUUGUUACCUGUCGCUACUUGAGGCUGGCCGUCCUGAAGACAAACUCGAAUUUAUGUUUCGGUUAUACGACACGGAUGGCAAUGGUGUAUUGGAUACUAACGAAAUGGAUUGUAUCGUGAAUCAAAUGAUGGCCGUAGCGGAAUACCUCGGAUGGGACGCUUCCGAAUUGAAACCGAUCCUGCAAGAGAUGAUGACCGAAAUAGAUUACGACAACGAUGGUACUGUCUCGCUGGAAGAAUGGAAACGUGGAGGCAUGACCACCAUCCCCCUCCUCGUCCUCCUCGGACUCGAUUCGAACGUUAAAGAGGAUGGUAAUCAUUUGUGGCGGCUCAAACAUUUUAACCGUCCAGCCUAUUGCAAUCUCUGCCUCAACAUGCUCGUCGGCCUGGGCAAGAAAGGCCUUUGCUGCAUCUUUUGCAAGUAUACGGUGCACGAACGAUGCGUCCAGAGGGCGCCUGCCUCUUGCAUCUGCACGUACGUCAAGUCUAAGAAAUCGACGCAAGUCAUGGCCCAUCAUUGGGUCGAAGGUAAUUGUAAUGCCAAAUGCUCCAAGUGCCGCGGACCGAUCAAAUCCUACAACGGCAUCACUGGACUCCAUUGCCGUUGGUGCCAAAUGACAUUACACAACCGAUGCGCCUCGCAAGUGAAACCCGAAUGCACUUUGGGCGAGCACCGAGUGCACAUUUUGCCACCCACGUCCAUCUGUCCAAUCGUUCUCGAUCGGCAGGUAUCCACAUGCCGGGACCGACGAUCUCUCACGCGUUCAGAGAGCCAUCUACCGAUUUCUGAGCAAUCGGGAUCGUCAGGAUCGCCAAUGUCCUUUCAGAUUAAUCUCCAACCGGGCACGUGUCCGCUCUUGGUGUUUAUCAAUCCGAAAUCAGGCGGUCGGCAAGGUGCCCGCAUCUUGCGCAAGUUCCAGUCGCUUCUCAAUCCUCGACAGGUGUACAGUCUGGAACAAGGCGGUUCAUUGGCCGGCCUUCAAAUGUUCAAAGAUGUGCCCAAUUUUAAAGUGAUCUGCUGCGGUGGUGAUGGCACUGUCGGCUGGCUCCUCGAGACCAUGGACAAAGUCCAAUUUGUCAAUCAUCCGCCCAUCGGAAUCAUUCCAUUGGGGACGGGCAACGAUUUGGCGCGCUGCCUCCGGUGGGGUGGCGGUUAUGAAGGCGAGUCCGUCCACAAGAUCCUGCGCAAAAUCAGCAGGGCGGCGCCCAUCAUGAUGGAUCGGUGGCAGAUCGAAGUCGUACCGCACCAGCAAGACGAAAACGCAGAGCCCAGCGAUCAGAUUCCCUACACCAUUUUCAACAAUUAUUUUUCCAUCGGGGUGGACGCUGCCAUUUGCGUGAAAUUUCACUCUGAACGGGAAAAGAAUCCGGACAAGUUCAACAGCCGUAUGAAAAAUAAGCUGUGGUACUUUGAAUUUGCUACCUCAGAAACGUUCACCGCAUCGUGCAAGAAUCUGCACGAAGAUAUUGACAUCAUGUGCGAUGGCGUGUCGUUAGAUUUAGCCAACGGUCCGUCGCUGCAAGGAAUUGCUUUACUCAACAUCCCGUACACUCACGGCGGAUCCAAUUUGUGGGGAGACACGUCAGUGAAGAAACGCUCACGACCGGCUCCACUCAGUUUACGGAAGGAGCACGACAGCAACAAAUCCGAACGGGAAUUGUCCAGCAGCAGCUUCAACUUCGUCGAUCUCAGUUUGGCCUUGCAAGAUAUCGGAGACGGACUGAUCGAAGUUAUCGGUCUAGAGAAUUGCCUUCAUAUGGGACAGGUCAAAACUGGACUAAGGGCGUCGGGACGUCGUCUGGCCCAGUGUUCCAACAUCGUCAUCCGUACACGCAAGCGCUUCCCUAUGCAGGUGGAUGGCGAACCGUGGAUGCAAUCUCCCUGCACGAUUCAAAUCACUCAGAAGAAUCAAGUGCCCAUGUUAAUGGCGCCACCGCCAUCGAGGAGCAAGGGCCUAUUCAGUUUUCUCAAACGACAUUGAUUCGACCAAAAAAAAAUAAGAAAAAGAGGUGGAUUUUUUUUUACAAAAAAAAAUGCACACCUACGAAAAAAGCACAACAACAAAAAUCAAACAAGCAUAAGCCCUAAAAUCCCGUCUCUGACAUUGGAAAGUAGUUAGACCUUUUUUUUUUAAAUUUUGUUCUUAGUUUUUAAAAAAUUACGUAUUAGACGUAUUGUUGAUUGACCAAAUUCUGUCAACGGAAGGAUUCAAAGCCAAAAAAGAAAAAAAGAAAAAUAAGGAAAAAAAAAAAAGAGAAAUUCUUCCUUUUUCUACUGGCUCAGUGUUGCCAUUGUUCUCCCUUUAAAUAAUUCUCUCUUUCUUUCUGCUAGAAAACUCCAAUCCCGAUACGGCCAAAUUGUUUGAUACUAUGCUGGUAUCUUUUAUAUUCGCUCUCUUUCUCUCUCUUCAUCCAACGUUUCUCUUGAAAAGUGUUUGUCAGCGUUUGUGUUUUUAUUGUUUUCGUCUAUUUCUGCCGCUGUAGACAACAGGCUUGGCAAAAGUUUCUUUUCAGGUUCAAUUGAUCGUUAAAAGACAGGCAGACGUAAGGCAAAAAGACCUCCAACACAAAGUCGGUAGAACGUCAUGGUAAAUAUUGGGUGAAGUUAUUCAUUUUGUUCCUUUUUCACGUAGGUUUUUGAAAGUUUUUAUUCGCCCGUCGAUGUUAACCCGUUGCGUUUUUUUAUGUAUACAUAGAUGUAUAUUUUCACGGUAGCGCUAUACAUCAUGUUUUGUUGUAUAAAUACGUUCUACGCCAGUGAACGCAAUCGGGUGCGCUUUAAAGUCCAUCCAAACAUCUAGCGCCGAAAUUGCUCGUCCUAAAAAGCCGAAGCAGUUACAUAAGUAUCUCUUCGUACAGCACGAAAAGACAAGUUCUUCCACUUCAGUUCAGCUUCCCCUCCCAGGAUAUUCCCUAGAAAAAAAAAAAAAAAAAAAGAUAUUUGUACAUCGUCCGUGUAUGUGUGGGAAAAAAAAAAGGAAAUUUCUUAAAAAUAGAAAUAAGAAAAAGGAAAAAAAAAAAUCGGCAUUAAUUCGCAUCGCCGCCUUGUAAAUAGACCCCCAUCAAAUGAUUAUUUAUUGCGCCAACUUCUUUCACUCUCUGACUUUCUGUCUCCCUCUUUUGCUCUCUUCGAUGUGAAGAGAAAAUUUUAAAGAAUUGAUCUGUCUUUUAUAAGUGAUGGUUUUUAUUCCCUCAUUCUUUCUUUUUGAUAAUAUUUCUAUUCAUUUUUUUUUAAUCCCUUCUUUUCUCUCCCCGAAGGACGCAGCAACACUUUGACAACACAAUCACAGAUGUUCAUAUAUGACAAAGCCAAAGUCUUCGCGAUAUCUCGUUAGUGAUUCUCUUUUGCGUUUUUCUUAAUAUUUCAGCAGCUAUUCGUUGUCCCAUACUAUUGGCUCGCUUAUUGACCACCCACCCCUUCCCAACUCUAUUCCUACAACACCGUUUCAUUAUAAAUGAUUAUUAUCUCGUUAUUGUGUACUGUAUCUCAAACUCCAUCCUUCCUUCCUUGUUAUUAUUACUAAAAUUAACAUAACUGAUUGAAAACAAGAAAGAAGAAAAAGAAAAUCCACAAAAACAAACAAAAGCGUUUCGUUUGUGCGCUUGGGCAAAUUCAAAAAAUGUCUUCAACAUUCCCCUAGUCUUAAGUUUUCCAUUCUACGGUAUUAAUAUUAUAACCUCCGAAAAAAAUAUAAAUACAUUUAUCUUACAUCAGA